CAUACACACACUCACACACGCUGCUGCCUGUUUCACUAACACAACUCCACAGCACACUUCUCCAGCUCUGAAUACUGGAAUCACAUGGCCAGAGUGUGGGAUAAGAACGAACUCAACAGCAGGAUCUAAAAUGCCAAUCUCUGGAACAUAGAGGAAGCUUUUGUUUGAGGAAAGGACGAUAACAAUUCCAAAAAAGGAGCUGGACUCUUCAGAGAGCGUUUUUGUAUACCAGCACACUUAUUCAAAAGCCUACGACACACAAACAGACACACCAUGCUGCAGCAAAUCCUAGCUGACAUGUACAUCGACGCUGAUGUACUAGAGGCCUUGAAUGAGGAACAGAAGAAGAUCCUGUUCUUCAAAAUGAGAGAGGAACAAGUCAGGCGCUGGAAGGAGCGGGAAGAGAAGGAGGGCAAGGAGGGGAUAAAAAAAGAAAAGUGCCGGCAAAAGAGAGGCCCUUGUAAAAGUGUGAGCUGGUUGCUGGGCAGUGAUGGUGAUGUGCAUGUGUGUAUUAUCGGAGAAUCAGAUGAGCUCAAAUCUCCAAAACUCAUCCUGUCCGAGCUGAGAAACAAGACAGCGGCCAACCCUAAUGCUAUCAACAGAGCAAAAGCAGAAACUGUAAAGAGCAGCCUGACCAAACCCAGCAGAGCGCAACAAACCAGUACAGAACCAGGGAUCCAGCUACUGCUUAAGAAACCAGAGGAGCUCAGCGAUUCUACGACAGUCUCAGAUGAGUCCAAGCAGGACAGCGGUUCUGAUCAGUCAGCUGACGACACCAGGGGCCAAACAGAUGACUCAGAUUCGGGCAGCGCGGAGGACGACACGGGCCUUUACAGAUCACAUAUGAGCAACACAGAGACAACAGUAGCAGACAGACUCAGAGAGCUUCAACUGCACAGAGCAAUGAAAGAGCAGCUGUCAAUCAACAACAAGACACACCCACUGGACACACCCACACCAGACAAAGGAGUGAUGAAAGAUAAGGAUAGCAGUCUGACAUACGGCAGUCGUGUGGCUCAGCUCAGGAAGAACUUCAACACCAGUAAUGCUCCAUGUGUCAAACCACCGAUCCCCUGCAAGCCCCCUCACCUACUGGCCUCCCCCUCUGUCAGAUAAAAACAACACUGCCACACUGCACACCUGAAAAACAUCCUAGUGUAUUCAAAAACCUGCAAAACAAACUAAAAACACAGAAAGACUUGCGCAUGUGAGCAGAUCCAGGUGUGGACGCAGCUGGAGACGGACGUUGUACGGAAAUCAAACACUUCUUAUGACCCAGCUCAAGCCAUCACUCUUCAGUUUUCACAUUGUUUACAGAGGAACGUGGUCUCCAGAGGACUCAAAGAUUUUUUCUACUGCCUUAUAUAGUUUAUUUUUUUUAUAUCAACUUUGUUUCCUUAAGGGGAGAAUGACCAAAGUUAUUGUUUAAUAUUUUUAUAGAUAAUGGCUCAUCUUUUUUGUCUGGUAAAUAACGGUGUUAUAUUGUAUUAAAUAAAACAAC